AUGGAUUCAGAGUUCUGUGAAUAUGAUCUGGCAGAGGACCAUCCUGGCUAUAGUCUACCAGUUAGCAACAUCGCUUACCAUAUUGAUAACGAAGAUAACUGUCGAGCAGGUCAAGCUGCCGUGGCGCAAAGAGCAUUUCAGCGCAUCCUAGAUUCAUAUGACGAAUACGAAAGACUGGCAGACAGCUUUCAGCUGGAGCUUGACAAGCGACAGGAGCUGAUCAAUGCUCGUAAGGAGCGUGAGAAGGCUAUGCGUGAAGAACUGCAACGACAGCUCAAGGAGGAGAAACGGAUGAAGAAGAUGGGAAGGACCAAAUCAACAUCAUCAACAUCAGUAUCAGCCUCUCCAUCAAUAGCCGCAUCAAAUCCGUUGAUUUCUCGACAGCCUUAUUUCCACCCAUACAGAUUCACGCCGCAGCGGUUCAACGGAGUGUCAUUCACAGAUCAGGGGCGUGGAUUUCCCGCAUACAAGCACGACAUUAACUGCAAUUUUACUUUUACUGAAGGCUAUGACCAAAACUGGAACUGUAGACAACGAUCACACACUGUGAUCUCAUCUGAAUCACAAUCUCAUUCGAGUCCAGAUCAUCUUCCGAAUCUAGUCCAUGGCGCAAUUCACUCAACCGAACGAUCUCCCACCAACUCCCCUGUUCUCCCUCUGACACCGUCGCCACCACUUGGACCAUCCGAUGCUGCUACCACAGCUAUUGACAUGAAUGUCACAUCGUCCAAGCCCAGCCUUCCCACAACUGUUGAUUUAUUAUCAUCGUCAUCUAUACCACUGCUUCCUGCCUCAGAGCCAACAGGCACAUUCAGCACUGCUCCAUGUUUAGGAUCACAGCUAGAACAGCGACAUCAUAUGUGCAAAAAGCGUAAGCAGGCCAUUCCGGUUCAUCCUUCUGUUGUUAACCGCAUCCCUGGCAUUACCCUUAGAAUCCAGCCGGAUACCGAACAGCAUUUGCAGGUCGAAGUACUCAAGAAUGUGGAGGACUAUCGAUUGGUAGACCACAGAAAUGGUGAUGACAUUGUACCAUCAUUGGAUCAGAAAAAUGAAGAUACGAGUAUCCGUGGUAGUAGUGAACUGCAACAACAAUUUCAAGCAAGGCAAGAUCUGGAUAAGAUCAGAGAAUCAAUUGAAUCUAGUCGGCCUGGAUAUGGAUUUUUUUCCUCCUCAGCCUUAUACCCUUUUACGCGACUGCCAAAAGAUAUUGAUUGGGAAGCAAGAGCUCAUGAAGUGCAUAUGCGCAAUCCAGCUAUAAUGCAGCGUUAUCAGAAACAUCACCGUCGUCAAAGUAGCGCCAGCCGAAAUAGGAGUUUAGAUUUAUAUGAUCCGACUGGAACUAGACUGAAUGUAGUAAUUGGUGAUCAAAACAAAUCACACAUGACCUCAACAAGCUCUACUCUGGCCAGGGGGGCCUCACCGCUCUCAUGGGACAACUUUUUGAAUCGUGAUUGUCAAGUCAACAAAGUCAUUGGUAUGCACGAUAAAGACUUUGAUGUUCUGGAAGGGAUUGUCCAGGAGGCUGUCGCGCGUCAACAAGCAGCUUCUCAUCAGUCUUCUGAGGAGCCAGAAGAUUCACUUCAUCAAAAUAACCGCCACCAUGCUUCUUCUCACUCAGCAGAAGAACAGGGGGCUGGUACAACGAAAUCAUCAUCGGCGAGCUCAUCCAAAUCAUUGACAAAGAAUCAAGCUACCUCACCAAGAAAGCCCACUGGAUCGAGUUUGGUAUCAAAGGUUCCAAAGACUACUCGUGCUACAGGCAUCCGUGCAACACGUGGUGGGGCGGCAGAGCUUGUGGAAGGCUAUGAUGACAUCGAGCGGGUUAUGAAGGAAAAACGACUAAAGAAGCGUGAGGAAAUGCGUCGCAGAGAGGAGAAUCGAAUGACUUCUGAACCAAUCACAGAUAUUAGCCACGAGAGUGACCAUGAGCUUAUGGACAAGCGUGGCGUGAGCGAAGCUUUGAGUGUCGAUGAUGAUGGAGACACCCGUAUGACCGAGCAUCAUCCUGAGGAAAUCAAGCAGGAAGUGACAGAAAGUGACAUCGCAACAAAAGCACGUGCCAUGACUAAUGAAAACAGUAAUAGGGAUCAUCAAACUAAGCACCGGAAAUCCGCUAGCUCAACGACUGUCCCUGGCUCACCACCAUCGCCACCUCACUCUCGACAGGUGACCCCGUUCAGAAAUGAGCCCGCCACGGAUUCCAGGAAAUCAAGCGUUUCGAUGUCGUCCGUUCAAAUUCAGCCUAUUGUAUACACCACCACUCAAACUCGGGAAUCACAUACUUCCAGUACCCCACCUGCAACACCAACAAGGACAACGACCCUACCACCGCCAGUAUCGUCAGUACGAGGGAGGACAAGGUCAGGUUCAGUUGCAGGUCUUUUGGAGAGUGGUAGUGCUCUGGAAGAGCAGCAAAUCUUGGAAAAAGGCAAAAAUCAUUUUUACGACUCCAAGUUGGAUGAAAUUGCUGCGAAAGAGAGAGCGAAACGAAAACAGAAAAAGGAAGCAGCAGCAGCAGCAGUAGCAGCAGCAGUGGCCGCCGCCGCCGCCGCUGCCACCACUCGUGACGAAGCAACAUCAGCCGCCAAUUGUAAUGGCGAUCAAGACAAUAGCCAGGGACAAGGAGAGAGGCGUGCGAUGGAUACGGAUGAUACAAAAGAGAAUAAGACAGACCUCAAUGAUAACAUUGUUGUCGUUAAAGAGGGACCAUCUAGGACUAAUCCGGAUUUACAGACUCUGAAGGGUGAAGCUGGGGAUGUCAAGUCCUUAUGCAAAGAUCCUGUGCAACUAAGCAUGACCAAUUUACCGAAAUCAUCCAAGUUCUUGCCCGGACGUGUCUUACGCACAGCUCGGACAAAGGCUGUGGAUCCGUUGUACAUUGCAGAUUCAUCCAGCGUGGCAGGCCCACUGUCGACGGUAGAAGCGCGUAGUGGCACUGGUGCUGAUCGUGGCGUAGCUCGAGGAAAUGAUUUUAUGGAGACAUUGGAUCCCGACUGCACAUCAUGCCGACUAGUAGUAAAUGAGUUGGAUAGGGCCUCGUGGAAGCAAGCACGUCAGGCUGGUGAGAUUCAUCUCAACCUUAAGAGAUGGGGCAAAGGAGCUAUCUUGUGUAAUCGAUGCAGGCCAGAGUACCAGAAACACCAUCUGCGUUGUACUCAAUGCUUUUAUGUCCCGGUUAUUACGGAUGGUUUGAUCGGUCGUCCUGGGGCUCCGAAAGCCGGGGGAACUUGCACGCGUUGCAAGGCUGGCACUUGGUUCCAUGAGAUUGACCACUAA